AUGGACGGGUACAUGAUAUCCGUUGCCGAUCACGACGGCGCACACGCACACCCGUCGACGCCUCCGCGCCAGGCGGGUAGAGACCACAGAGACUCGAAGCGGAUGCGGGUGACGCGUGCCUGCGACAGGUGCAAGAAGAGAAAGAUUCGCUGUACGGGAUUGCAGCCGUGCCGGCUAUGCAUCGAGGCCAAUGCAAGCUGUACAUACGAUGCCGCCUACACUCGCGGCAGACACGGCGCCAUGGCCUCUCGCCGGAGCAACCGCGCCUCUCCGCCGCCGCCGCCGCCGCCGCAGAGCGAGCAGCAACACCAUGAGCGCCAGCAGUCCGAGUCAUCGCGAUGGCACGCCGCCAACCGCCAGAGCCCCGGAGUGAGCCGGCAGCAGCAGCAGCAGCAGCAGCCGUCCAACGGCGACCCUCCGGACUCUUACUCUGCCCUCGGAGACCCCACACAGCCCGGCACAGAGCCGUUAUCACGGGCCUCUCCGGAACCUGUGCAGACCGAUCUCGAGGGCCACUAUGUCGGGCCAUCCUCCGGAGUCUCUUUCCUGCUCAGGAUUCAAAAGCGGCUAGACCAGUUCGUGUCGUUUCCGCAAGGAUCCUCCAUCUUCACCUUUGGCGAUGCUCCCCUGCCCUAUCUUGACUCGCUGCAGACGGAGGCGCCGUACUUUGACCCAACCCUGUAUAUGAUGCUGUCUAGGGGCGAUACCACGCGUCUCGUCCAGAGGUACUUUGACUUUGCCGUUCCCGUGGACAGGUUCCUCCACCAGCAGACCAUAGAGACGUGGCUUGACGAGCUGUAUGAGACCAAGGGCAAGAUGCACAACAGCGAGGAUGCAUCCACCCGGACGGCAGUCUUGUUCAUGGUGUUUGCCCUUGCCCAGGCGCACAUGAGUCCGCGGCCAACAUCUGAUGAUGCCGACCUUAGCGUUCGGUAUUUCCUUGCCGCACAUCAGCUGUUAUCAAGAGAGCAGGGAGCUAUCCGCCUGGCGAGCAUCCAAGCCCGACUGCUGCAGUGCCUCUGGCUCCUGUCCGAGUCACGGAUAAACCAUUGCUGGAACCUCUUUGGAACUGCUGCGCGCCUUGCCUAUGCCAUUGGCUUACACAGGAAGCGCCAUGCUGAUCGAAUCGACCGUAUCGAGGUAGAGUGUCGACGAAGGACAUUCUGGAGCGCAUACGCGUUGGAUAACUAUCUUAGCAUGGCUCUUGGAAGACCACGGACGUUUCAUGAUGAUGAUAUAGACCAGGAGCUACCAUCGUGUGUAGAUGAUCACCAGAUUUAUGCCGAUCACAUCAGACAGGGCAGCACCCAUGGACAGUCGGUGAUGCUGGGGCCAGUCGCAUAUGCCAAGAUGUCGCGGAUAUUGAGCAUGAUUCUUCGCAACGUCUAUUCUAUACACACAACCUCGCGAAAUGACAAGCACGCCUUUGCAACCAUCCAUACAAAGGAACUUGUCGAGUGGCGAGCAGACGUCGCUCAUUUUCUGGACCCGGUGACCAACAUGCCCCUGAUACCCAUCUUUCAACGCCAGAAGAAUGUCUUAAAUCUGGCCUAUUGGCACACCAUGAUCCUCACUCACCGGCCAUUUCUGCUUCGCAACUUUGCACAGCUGCAGAAUGGCAGCCGGCCGCGACGUGAUGACCAUGAAUUUGAAUCGCGUAUAGAGCAAAGCAUUCACGAAUGCCUGCAAGCGGCCACAAAUAUUACUAAAACAGUUAAUGACAUGUACCAAGGAGGUCAGCUUUUCCGAGCAUACUGGUUCACGUCGUAUUUUGCCUUUUCCGCGGCGGUCAUUCUCUAUGUUUACACUAUCCAGAAGAGUAACGAACCUGAAGAAUCAUAUUCCGUUUAUCUUGCGGCCGCGACUCGCUGUCAAGAUCAGCUGUCCAAUCUCACGGAAGACGGGUCUCUGAUCGCACGGUACUGCUUGGUCCUGGAAGAGCUACGCCUCGAGGCGCUGAGACAGACCAAACAGGGCCAGAUUAAUAAUGCGCGCUCGCCAACACAAAGACACGCCGCUGCAAUGACAAGUAACGGCAAUGGAGCCGAUACGUUUGGAACAACUGACGAUGGGACAAUGGUUACGGAGCUGGGGGCGAAUAUGACGGACAUGGGGGCUAUUGGCGAUAUCUACGUGACUCCUACCGAUUCUCUCGCCGAGAUGACAGGCUGGGCUCAGUUUGAUGCAAUGGUCAGCGUGUCUAUGGACGGAUACCAGCUGAAUAUCUAA